GCGAUACUCCAAGCCACUCGUAACGAAGUCGACGAGAACUUCACGACAUGUUCGUUGAAGCGUGAAGAUUCGCAUUCAGCUGAGGAUAAUUCCUCGUUAGAUAUAUCAUCGUCAUCUCGUGCCGGCCAGUUCGAUGAGGCACCGGUGGAAACGACAGUAUCGCCCGAAAGAAAACACAGCUUAGAACAGAGCACCAAGCAGUGUCGGAAUCACACCGCCACAGCAGUGACAGCAGAGCGAUCCCAUUCUUUCAACAAACGGCAUUGUUCCUUGAAGAAUGUGCCUCUUCCUCAGGUCCUACCUUCGACGAGCUCGGGCAAUUUGUUUUAUGGCGAUAGUGGAACGUACUCGUUGGAUCGUGUACAUCCAAAGCCUGAAAGAGAGCCUACAUCAGUUUAUGGUAAGUCUUUCACCGUCGUUUUCACUGUUGAGUUCUUAGUCUCGCCAGUAUCAGGAGCAAAUUUCAUGUUCAUUUAA